AUGACUUCUGAAAAGAAAACAAAGAAAGAAAAACAUAAAAACUCAAAGAAAAAUGUGGAGGAGGAACCAGAAAUUUACCUCUCCCAAAUUCCAACGUCUAAACCAAAGUCCUUUACAUCUGCUGAUGAACUUAACAAUCUGAAAAGCGACAAAACAAUGGAUGUAAAGGUCUUCAAGAAUGAUAUUCGCUUCUACUCACCAAACAAGAAGAAGGCUAAACGCACAAUCGCCUACAAAGACUUAAAGGAUGUUGAAUUGGACGAGACAUCUCCAGAGGUAGUGCGUUUAAUAGUAAAUGCUAAAGGUAAAAAUAAAUGUUACCAACUAACUGUCAGCGACGAUGGUGACCGCAGAAAACUCUGCGCAUUCUUGCGGAAACACGAGGAGCAUAAACCACAGGCGGCCUCACCGGCAAACCAAAGCGGUAUUAAGGCUUCACCGGAGUCCUCACAUCGGCAGUACGUCCCAAGGAAUACGGCAUUUGCUUCUUCUGAUAUUUCGAAGGAUCGUCAAUCAAACGCAGGUUCUUGUUCCAACACGAGCGUCCACUACGAGCCCUCGGAUAAAUCGAGCUCUACUAAAAUGAGGCAUGGGCUUACAUACGCCGAACUGGGUGGAAACGGGGGACUUGGGUUUGACAGAAGAAGCCGAUCCACAGGGUUUGACGCCGACUACGACCAAGAUGGAAAUGACUUUGAUAGCAACACCGACCAACUUACGCGAGGUUAUCGCCAUGGAUAUGCUCCUAGCAGGCAAUUUUAUGACAGUGGCCGACCUGCCUCAUCUUUUCAUGGGAGAAGUCGAUUUUCGUAUGAGGAAGAACCACAGUACGUCGAUGAUGAUUACGAAAGUCAAACGUCAGGCUACGGAGAUUACGAAUCUGACUUCUCUGACGAAACCAUCAUCGCUCGACCUGUUAAACCCCGUUCCUUGACUUUCUACACUCCAUUUUUAAAGGUGCCCCAGAAUGACCGACCCUAUUAUUGA